AUGACAUAUCACGGCCUGCUAGCGCUCUACCAGCUGGAGAAGGAAUUGACCGCUGGAGAGUGUUUUCCAAUCAAACGCAUCCAAUGGACAUGGGUUAUCCUUCACUCCUUGAGCCUCAGCUCCACGAUGGACACAAUGGACAUGAUAUUUGCCAUUGUGUGUGGACUGGUGCUCUACCUUCUGUUACUUCCCUUCAUUGAUAGUCAUCUGUCUCUACCACCUACCAAUCAUCUCUUUCUCUCUCAGCCUCAAAGGCAGAUGACUUGGCAGAGUCGGUACAGGAAAAAGUUUGGGACUCGUUCUAGGAAAGAUCUCAAAGCUUGGAGAGAAAGCCUGGAAAAGCUGAAAGAAAAAGAAAAAGAUGAAUCAUUUCUAGAAGAAAUUAGCCCAGGAUACCAUUUGAAUUAUUUAGGGAACAUGUUUAAGUCACCAAGUACUAAGCAAGACAGAACUAUCCUGCCACCCUUCUGGAACCUGAAAGAAAAAUCAGAACAGCAGAUGACCACUCAGAAACUAUCAUAUCCCACCAUCUUGGGGGACAAUUUUCAAGAGAAAUACAACCAGCUCUUUUGGGGUCUCCCUUCUCUGCACAGUGAAUCUCUAGUGGCCACUGCCUGGAUCCCUCAGGCUUCUUCUACUCUCCCUUCUCCCUUUUUCUUAUUCAAUGUCAUCUCAACUGCUUAUCCAGUUCAAAUGCGGGAUAAGAUGUCUCCAGUGCAUUCCUGUACACGUCCUCUGUCCUACCUGGACCUCCAAUCUCCACCCUUAAUUUUGUCUCCACCCCAAUUCCAGGCCCCAGCUCCAAAUCAAGUCCAUCCUCAGUCCCCUCUCCCAGCCCAACUACCCUCUUCUCUACCCUACACAAGUGAUUAUGGAGAUUAUGGACCAUCUUGUUCUCAGUCACAAAGUCAAUCACAGUGUCUCCCUACUGAAAUACAACACAUAGAAGGGCACUCGCUAACAAAACUAGAAAGUAGGCUGCCUUUACCCUUGAUGGUCCAGAGACCUCAAGAAGUCUAUGAUGUCUUGGCCCCCCCCAAUCUUUCCCAAGACUGGGCAGUCUCUAUCCUUCCUGACAAUUUUCCUAUCAGCUGUGAGCUCCGAGAGAAACUGGAGCAACACAUUCAAAAGUGGCUCAUUCAACACCAAUGGGACCUUUCUCGUAAGAUCCAAGAGUCUCUGGAAGUGAUGCAGCUUCAGAACACAGUAACAGGACCUUGUCAAACCAGAGACAAACCAGGCCCCUCACGAUCCUCUGUGUCUAUGGGCAACCAUAGCAAGGAUGACCACAAGGUGAGAUUCCAAAUAAAAAAGGAAUCUGGAAAAAAUUUGGGACCAAUUCUUGGAAACAUCUCAAAAAAUCCAAACAGGUACUUGGAAAAAGCUCCAGUAACAUUACAAGGGGCAAAUCUUUUGAACACCCUGAAAGAUCAUGUGGGCACAAAGUCAGAGCAAAUCAAUCAAGGUCUAAUCCCUCUGAGUGUGCGUCGAUCCUGGCUUGCUUUGAACGAUGGUUUUUACAUGUCUGAUAUCCAAAUGGAAACUAAGAAAUUAGCAUCCUCUAAGAUAUCAGAAAAAUCUGUGAACUCUUCACAGAAGCUUGCCUUUCUUGAUCCAGGCACUCACCAGGCCCUGGAGGAACAUAUUGUAAGGUUUUGGGUGAAGCACAGGUGGGGUCUACCCCUCAAGAUGCUCAAGCCUGUGAAUCUUUUUAAGUUUAAAAAAGUUGAGUCCUUGUCUGUUGCACUGUGUGACUUGCCCUCCUCAACCACCUCUGUAUCUGGGACCAGUUCAGCAGUUGAGGUAGUCGGGUUCCUAGGAAAACCAUGCCAGACAUGUUUGAGAGAGGUGGUAAUUGAGGAUUCUUCUCCAUCACUAGGGAGUCUUCUCCUUGUUGCCUCUCCUUCCUGUAAGGGUAUCAAGAGAACCCUGAGAGCAUUUCCAUCUGGUGCUGACCAUGAGCCUUCACAGGUCCUGCCAACCAAAUCAGAGAGCAAGCAUCAUUCUGAAACUCUCAAACAUAAAGUCAUGGAUACACCAUCUCAGAGUGGGACUGUCUUAGAGAAAGAGAGAGAGACCCAAGUAGUCCUUUUACUGCCUAGAAGAACCAGUGUCCAAAACCCAGGGGCACAUAGUCACCAGGCAAAAACAGUUAGCGAGUUUCCACAAAGUGUGGAGACACAAUCAGCCAGCCAGCCACAGGUCUAUACCAGAGCUGUGCUCCUUCCUGAACAUCCCAGGAGCACACUGCUAACUGCAGACACUUUGGCUUCCCUUGGGUUAGGUGACAUUGUGAUGGUAGGAGGGGACAAUAGCCUGGUGCAGCAGAAGUCCAGUACUCCAAACCAUCAAGUCUCACCGAAGAGCCAAAUCAAAGUGUUGGCACCUCCUUACCAAGGUGAGGAAACUAAAAGACCAAGUAAAGGAAAUUAUGAAGGGCCCAAGCUCACCAGAGUCAAGGAGAAGGAAGAUAAAUUUAUAAGAAAGCAUCAGCCCCUUCCAAAACCCACACAGGUUCCUCCAGAAAGCCCCUUCCAAAAACUUGUGAGCCGCUUUCUUCGGUGGAUUCACCCCAAGAAAGCAAUAAAAGGGCAGGAAUCUCCUCCUAAGAAAGGUAAGCCUACAGCAGCUACUGUCCAGAGUCCACGAAACCAAGUAAAGAAACCACGCGUGGACAGCAAUGUUGCUGAGGCCCAGGAACUUACAACAGCCAUUGGACAAAUGCUAGAAAAAAAAAUGAUACAGCAACGUAAACAAUGUGCUUCCAAGUUAAAACAGCACCGGGAAAUGCCUCCACCCCCUGCCCCUCAGUCUUCCUAUGGCCAUAAGCCAGUCUCUGGCUCAGAGCAAAGAAGAGCACCCAGCCACCCAGCCAAUUCCUCCUACCAAAGGUAUUCUACAAAGGAGAGGUACAUCAAAAGCCAACCAUCUCAGAAAAAUGUACCAUUUAGUAAUGAACCACAGACCCUUCAGAAUACCAGCCCCUUGCCCCAUAAUACAACUUUGAACCUAGUAAGUUCCUCUCAGAAUGGAACAAUAAUGCCAACUGUUUCAAGUUACCAUCUCUGCUGUCCUAGGCACUGUGCUGUCCGGAGAAGUAUCUAUAGCCAACUAGAAAAUUCCUCUCUAGUUUUCACUAGUAGAAAAGCAUAA